AUGGCUGUCUUCGGUGUAACCAAUGCAAAUGAUGAAAUAUCACAGUACCAGAUGGGUCGCUAUGUAAGUAGCAACGAAGCUAUUUGGCGUAUCUUUUCAUUUGCGAUCCAUGAAAGACACCCUACAGUCGUCCAUUUAGAAAAUGGUCAACGAGUUUAUUUUAAUGAAUCUAACGCGGCAGACAGGGCGGCACAUCCACCGUCGACAACGUUAACAAGUUUCAUCACAGUCUGUCAAACUGAUGAUUUUGCUCGCACUUUGCUGUAUGCUGACAUGCCACGCUAUUACACAUGGAACGCAUCAUCGAAAUCGUUUCAGCGUCGAAAACAAGGAACACCAGUUGAAGGACAUCCUAAUGUAUUUGCUUCAGAUGCUCUGGGUCGCAUCUACACAGUACAUCCAAAUAACGAUGAAUGUUAUUAUUUGCGGUUGUUGUUGGUGAAUGUUCGUGGUCCGACAUCGUUUGAACAACUGAGAACAGUUAAUGGACAGCUGUGUGCGACUUACCGUGAGGCAUGUCAACUAUUACAUUUACUUGAGAACGAUUCGCACUGGGAUGAUACGCUCAAGGAUUCCGUAAUAUCUUCGUCGCCGCAUCAAAUUCGUACAUUGUUUGCGAUUAUCAUAUCGACAUGUUUCCCCUCGAAUCCAAAAGAUUUGUGGGUUAAGUAUAGAGAUGACAUGUCUGAGGAUGUUUUGCAUCGUGUGCGCCGUCAAACUUUGAAUCCUACACUACAAAUGACUGAAGAAAUUUACAAUGACACAUUGAUCAUGAUAGAAGAUAUGUGUUUAUUGAUGGCAAAUAAAGUAUUGUCGUGUUUGGGAAUGACAGCACCCAAUCGUCAUAUGCACGAUGCAUUAAACCACGAGUUGCAAAGAGAACAUCAGUACGACAUUGAAGCAUUGGCCGAAACAGUUCGUACAAAUGUUCCACAAUUAAAUCAACAACAAAGAAUUGCGUACGACACUUUGAUAGAAGCUGUGAACAGUGGAUCUGGUGGAAUUUAUUUCCUUGAUGCUCCCGGAGGAACCGGAAAAACAUUUUUAAUUUCAUUGCUUUUGGCAAGGAUCAGAUCGCGAAAUGAUGUUGCUCUAGCGUUGGCUUCAUCUGGAAUAGCUGCAACUCUGCUAGAAGGCGGGCGAACUGCACAUUCUGCCUUAAAAUUACCACUAAACAUGCAAAUCACCGAAACACCAAUUUGCAACAUCGCCAAAAAUAGCGCAAUGGCCAAGAUCCUACAGGUAUGCAAAUUGAUUGUUUGGGCUGAAUGCACAAUGGCCCAUAAGAGGUCACUGGAGGCACUGGACAGAACGUUGAAAGAUCUUCGUGACAACCAAAAUAUUUUCGGUGGGGCCAUGAUUCUGUUGUCAGGUGAUUUUCGUCAGACUCUUCCAGUUAUUCCCCGAUCAACUGUUGCUGAUGAACUAAAUGCAUGCCUAAAAUCAUCAAAUUUGUGGCAGUACGUAAAGACACUCCACUUAACAACUAACAUGCGAGUAUUUUUGCAACAAGAUGAAACUGCAAAUGUGUUUGCGAAGCAGUUGUUAGACAUUGGAAAUAAUAAAGUUGCAGUGGACACCUCGACCGGAUUCAUCACAUUACCUACAGAUUUCUGUCACAUCACAGACUCAAAAGUGGAGCUUAUUCAGCGAGUUUUCCCAGAUAUAGCGCAAAAGUUCAAUAACCAUAAUUGGCUGGGUGAACGAGCAAUAUUAGCAGCGAAAAAUAAAGAUGUCGAGGAUCUUAAUGCGACCAUUCAGAAUUUUCUUCCAGGACAGUUGGUUUCCUUCAAAUCAGUCGACACUGUAAUGCACCAGGAUGACGUAAUCAACUAUCGCACUGGGUUCUUAAAUUCACUGGAAUUGCCUGGAUUACCACCUCACAAUUUGCAGUUAAAAGUAGGAUCAGUUGUCAUCAUGCUGCGUAACAUUAAUCAACCACGACUAUGCAAUGGAACAAGACUGGCUGUGAAAAGACUGAUGAAUAACGUCAUUGAGGCGACAAUCACAAAAGGAAAAUACAAAGGAGAGGAUGUCUUGAUUCCGCGGAUACCGAUGAUUCCAAAGGACUUACCAUUCGAUUUUAAACGCUUACAAUUUCCAGUACGUUUGGCCUUUGCGAUGACAAUAAAUAAAUCGCAAGGACAGUCGUUAGAAGUUUGUGGAAUCAACUUGGAGUUUCCCUGUUUUGCGCAUGGACAAUUAUACGUCGCGUGUGAAGCUGCAAACGCAUUUAAGAGGAGCUCUGUGAUUAGACGGUUUCCUCCACAAGCAACAGCAACUAUAGAAAAUACAAUGGAGAAUGAAACACCCAUGCCCACCGGUAGCCAGAGUCGCGGAAACAGAAUAGCAGCGCAAUCAAGUAGUAUCAUCGGUGUCUUGGUCGGGACGCCAAAAUCACAUCUCGGCAAAAAUGAUUCUACAGAACAGCCACAACAACAUGCGUAUUACUGCCAUAAUAUUUUGCAAACUCAGUAA